AUGGAAGGUAACUCUAUUUUUAAAAGAUUAAAACGAGUCUCGAAAUACCGGAAGUACAUAAAUAAUAAAAGUACCAAAACUCCGAGUUCAAAACAGACAAAUGUAUUGAAAAAAUAUUUAAAACUUAAUAUUUUUAAGGGAAUAUUACUCUUAUUUAUAAUACUUAUUAUAUUAAGAGCGAGUAAUAAUCAACGUCUCUUAACUUUCCAAUUUCAGACUACCAAUGACGAUGAUUUGGUUUUAAAUAAAAAGGAUCUUGAUAUGGUUGAUAUCAGACAUAAGUUAAGGCAUUCAUUUCAGGAUAGUUCUCCAAUAUCCAAAAAGAUAACUUUCGACAACUAUAGUCGUAUAAGGAUACCAGGGUAUAUUUCCAAUUAUAAUCCUUUCUCCCAUCAGAAUACCAAAAAGGAAGAAAAUCAAAUUAACUCAAUAUUACCUGACAUCAAUCCAAGGAAUCUAAAUACAAAUAUUGGUACAGUAGGGUGUAAUCAAUUGGCAUACACAGAAGAUAUAGAAUAUUCAAGAAACAGACCAUUUAUCGAUGACAGUUUGUUUAAUAUAAGAAGACAGAUUGUUGCUUUUAAAGAUUUUCUAUCUGACAGAGUAGUAAAACAGGAUGAGAGAAUGGGUGAAAAUGAAAUUGUUCGUAAGAGGUGGCAAAAAAUGGGUACUUCAAGUGUCUGGCUAGAGAGUGAACAAUGCUAUAUUGUCUUAACAAGUGUUCGCUACUCGUCAGAAGAAGAACUAUUUGAACCCGACGUUUCUGUAAUAAGAGCACAAGCUUAUGACAAAGAUUGGAACGAAAUUAAAGGUAAACGAAUUUUAAAAUUAGACGUUAACGAACCAAAUAAUCUUAAAGAAGAGUUAUCGAAGAUUGAACGAGAUUUAAAAGUGAAAGAUAAUUGCGAUAAAUAUAAUGAGGAUUUUGAUGCAUAUGAAGACUGCUUAUCCAAAUAUAAAGAUUCAAAUAUGAAAGCCAAGAAAAGAAAACAAAAAUUACUUGACCGGUAUUCUGUUACUUAUCCAACUGUUUACAGAUUUCCAUUUAACACAAAUGGCAGAUUGAGAGGGCCUACUAAUCCACAGAUCAUACUCAAAAAGUCACAGAAGCUAGAGGAACCAGUAAUUGUAUUUGAUAUGCAUAAUAAUGAUGAUAGGAGGAUGUAUGCCUUUUUACCUCAUAGAUCAAUAAAUAAUUUGAUUCCAUUUUAUUUAAAAGAAUCAAAUAGGAAACCUGAGACUAAUUGGACACCGUUUUUUACAGAAAACGAUUCGAGCGUUGACUCUUCAAUAUCACUUGGGUAUAUUCACUUUAUUCGUAAAUAUAACCCUUUUCAGGUCUUAAAAUGUUCAUUAACAGAUGGGAAGUGUGAGAUUGUUUUCGAGAAACCGCCCAUUAAAGUUGAAGAUGGAGUUUUUACAGAUGUAAUUCGUGAAGGCACUCCAUUUGUUCCGCUACCUAAUGAAAUGCCAAAGAUUAAAGACAAACAAUUAUGGGUCGCAUUUACCAAAAUUAGGCUAGAUGAUUGUGGUUGUGGCAAGAGAUAUUAUCGUCCAAUGUUAACAGUCAUGGCGGAGAGUUCAGGAAAUUUUACUUUUGAAAUGUUUGCGCCUAAUGUUAGCUUUGAUACUGAUGUUUUGGGUUGGGAUGGAAAAAGUACAAAUUGUACAGGUUAUAAUAUGAUGAUACCUAAUUCAAUUGCUUCAUGGGAUAUAUUAGGUCAGGAUCCUAAAACCAAAAUAAUUGAAGAUUACAUGGCUUUUAUGUAUACAGAGGGAGGCCGAGUUUCAAGAAUUAUAACUCUUAAAGGAGUAUUGAAUUAUGUACUACAUAUGUAUUCAGGAAACAAAAUAAAUGAGAAUUAUUUCUUUUCAAGAGAUUUAGAUUAUGAAGCAACGAAAUGUAUAGUUUCUCACUCAUUAUCUGAGUGUAGAAUCUAUGGAAAUAAGCAUCCUGGGUUAGAUAUUGAUCCCGCUGAAGAGAUCCAAAAGAUAAAAGAUCGAAAAAAUAAAAGGAUUCUAACAAAAAGGAAGAUAAGAAGGAGGAAAAGAAGGAAGAUAAAAAGGAGGACAGGAAGGAAGAAAAGAAAGAAGAAAAGAAAGAAGAAAAGAAGGAAGAAAAGAAGGAAGAAAAGAAGGAGGAAAAGAAGCAACAAACCUAGAACAAAACAAAGGUUGAGUUAUGAAAUAAAAAAUAAGGAAGAAGAUAUAGAAAAAAGGGACGGAUGA